AUGGAAUACCUUUGUGCUGAGAUGAUGACUGAAAUCAAGCAGCUGAAGGCAAAUCAAGGAGGAGGAAGACUAGAAGAAGUGAUGAAAGAAGCCAAUACCACUCCAUUGGCGGCACACUUGGCCAAAGAUCUCAUCCCUCAUAAAUUCCCUCUCCCAGUGUUCGAAUGUUACGACGGAUCCAGCGACCCCGCGGCCCAUCUCCGAUACUACAACCGAAUUUUAGCUCGAUGGGAUAAUGACGAUGUCGUCCUAUGCAGAUAUUUUCCCUCAAGCCUAAAAGGGUCAGCAUUAUCCUGGUUUGAUAACCUGCCACCAAAUUCCAUCGAUUCCUACCGCCAGCUUACAGAGAAACUUUUGAGGACUUACAUGUACAAUAAAGUCGUCAAUACAGGAAUGAACAAACUUUUUUCAUUGGAAGACGGACACAAAGAAACCAUCAGAGAAUAUACUGACAGGUGGCACAAGAUCUGUCAAGCAAUAGGGAACGUAGAUCCAGUGGUGGUCAUCAAUUGUUACAAGUGGGGAUUGGAUAGGAUGAGUCCAUUGUUCGUCGAGAUUCAUGGAAGUGUCCCCAAAACCGAAGGAGAUCUUCGAGUUAUCAUCGAGAAGAACGCCAGGUUAGAAGAAAUCCAGCGGGAAAAUCCUAGGGCCCAUGCCCAAAUAUCUCAUGGGACCAAUUCUGUGGAGCAAGCCAGCGGAUCCAAGAGGAGCGGUUCUGCCAAGCGGCCAAACAAAGAUAAAAGAGGACGAAGGGAUGAUCGUCGUCGUGACGAGCGGAAGUUCGAGGAUCAAGUCUACACAAAACUGAAUACCAACUACACUCGCAUUUUGAGAGAAAUCAAAGGCAGAGAAAACCUAGAGUGGCCUUGGUCCAAGGGAAAGCAACCACCCAGAUCAGAAAGAUCUGUCAAGCAAUAG